CGUACGCGCGCGCGCCAUUACCCUCCCCCUUGCGCGUGAACACGCAUAUAAAUACUUUUGCGCGCGGCCGAGUUCCCCAGUCUCGAGGCGAACGCCAUUUUGUCCUGUAAGCUGAGAUUUCCCUGAGUCUUAUAUCACCAUGAGUGGAUGUCGUGUAUUCAUCGGCCGUCUGAGCCCUCAUGCUCGUGAAAGAGACGUGGAGAAGUUCUUUAAAGGCUACGGACGCAUUCGGGAGAUUAACCUGAAAAACGGGUUUGGCUUCGUGGAGUUUGAUGACCACAGGGACGCUGAUGAUGCAGUGUAUGAGCUGAAUGGAAAAGAGCUGUGCAGUGAGAGGGUGACCAUUGAACAUGCUCGCUCUCGCCGUGGAAGAGGCGGUGGCCCAGGAAUGGGAGGACGUUUCUCUCCACGAUUUGGAGGAUAUCGUAAAUCCCGCAGUGGGGGUUCCAGGUAUGGACCACCCGUGCGAACGGAGCACAGAAUCAUUGUAGAGAAUCUCUCCUCUCGCAUCAGCUGGCAGGAUCUGAAGGACUUGAUGAGGAAGGUGGGAGAAGUGACCUUUGUGGAUGCACACAGGACCAAGAAGAAUGAGGGAGUUGUGGAGUUUGCUUCACACAGUGAUAUGAAGAAUGCCAUUGAGAAGCUGGAUGGAACAGAUCUGAAUGGACGGAAACUCAAGUUGUACGAGGAUCGCAAGAGGGAUCGUAGUAGAAGCCGUUCCCGCAGCAGGAGCAGCUCCCGCUCCCGAUCGCCUAGUCGGAGUCGCACCCCUGAGCGUGGAAGCAAGCGCUCUCGCAGUCGGUCAAUCAGUCGCACCCCAGAGAAGAAGAGUACCAGCAACCGGUCUCCUUCCCGAUCUCCAUCUCCCCCGAGGAAACAGAGCCGCUCUCGAUCUCCUUCUGCAGAGAGUCAGCACUGAAACUGUGUGUUUGUGUGCGCGUGUGUGGAUAGUUGACUUUUUUUUUUGUUUUUUUAUAUAUAAAUCCUUCACUUAUUAAUGUGGCAUGUCAUUGUGCUACUUUAGUGUAAAUUACUUACUGUGAGUUGAAUGUAUGUGUGUGUGUAUGAAGCUGUUUUGAUUUCUUAUGCCGAGGAACUGGGUGGGUUUAAAUGAUAUCGAAAUGGGUUAAGACUAGAGGUUUUUUUUUUUUUUUUUUUUUUUUUUUUUUUUUUCCCACCACACAAUGUCUUGUUUUUGUAUUUUUAUUUGAUCAAUAUCAAUCCUGGAGUACUUCUGUAGAGAAAUGUACAUGGCUUUUGUUUCUCAAACUCGCCUGUUAAUUUUUGUUUGAGUCUUUAUGGUAAUUCAACAGAAGGUUAUACCUGUAUAUACACUCUGGAAUAAAGUUUAUUGGUAUUUGGCA